CAUCUGCAAGUAGUUCUUGGAUGUCCGUUCAGUGAGUGAAAAGGACACUGUCCAAUCCUCCACAAUGUCUAUUUUAAGUAAUGCAUAUCUAUACAUAUAUAGAAUUGCUUUGUGCUUGAUGUAGUCCAUCUACUCUUUUAUCUCAAUGGCUCCUCAAAUUCAUGAGUUGUUAACCCUUUUGAGUUUUUUCCUAUCCAUGAUUCUUGCACUUAUUAUGGUAAGGAAGAAUCUAAGAAAAAUUAACUCAAUUCCAAAUAUACCUCCAGGUCCAUGGAAGCUACCUAUCAUAGGAAACAUACCCCAUCUUGUUACAUCUAUGCCACAUCGAAAAUUAAGAGAUCUGGCCAUAAAAUAUGGACCCUUGAUGCAUCUGCAACUUGGGGAAAUCUUCACCAUUGUUGUUUCCUCAGCAGAGUGUGCUAGGGAGGUGAUGAAAACCCAUGAUAUUAUAUUUGCUUCAAGGCCUCAUCUUCUAGCCACAGAUAUUCUGUUAUAUGAUUCCACAGACAUAGCCUUUUCAUGUUAUGGUGAUUAUUGGAGGCAUCUUAGGAAGAUCUGUGCCACCGAGCUUUUAAGUUUAAGACGGGUGAAAUCUCUUUGGUCAAUCAGAGAGAAAGAGAUCACUACUCUCAUCAAAUGGAUUGCUUCAAAAGAAGAAUCAGAGAUCAAUAUUACUGACGCAGUUCUUUCAAUCUUGUACACAAGCUUUUCAAAGGCUGCAUUUGGCAAGAAAUAUGAGGACAAAGAAGAGUUCUUAUCAGCGAUAAAACAAAUUCCAAAGCUUGCAGGGGGUUUCUACCUAGCAGACUUGUUUCCUUCAGCUAAAUGGCUUCAAAACAUUUCUGGGAUGAGGUCUAAGCUUGAGAAGAUGCACCAAAGACUGGACAGGAUUUUGGAGAAUAUCGUUAAUGACCAUAGAGAUGCAAGGUCAAGAGCUAAAGAAGCUUUGGUUGAAGCAAAGGGAGAUCUAAUUGAUGUUCUCUUAAAUUUUGAGGAUAGUGGCACCGACUUGGAUUUUCAUUUAACUUCAAAUAAUAUCAAGGCGAUAAUCAUGGAUGUCUUCGUUGCUGGGACUGAGACUAUAGCAACAGCCAUUAAUUGGGCAAUAGCUGAGAUGAUGAAGCAUCCAAGAGUACUGAACAAAGCACAAGUUGAAGUGCGGAAGGUGUUUUAUAGGAGACGAAAGGUUGAUGAAACUGGCAUUGAUGAGCUCAAAUAUUUGAAAUUAGUCAUCAAAGAGGCCCUAAGAUUACACCCUCCUGCUCCUCUUCUUGUUCCAAGGGAAUGCAGAGAAGCCUGUGAGAUCAAUGGCUACAAUAUACCUGUUAAAAGCAGGAUCUUGGUCAAUGUUUGGGCAAUUGGAAGGGAUCCAAAAUAUUGGGCUGAACCAGAUAGGUUUUAUCCUGAAAGGUUUAUUGAUAGUUCCAUUGACUACACAGGAAAUUCUUUUGAGUAUAUCCCAUUUGGUGCGGGAAGGAGAAUUUGCCCAGGCAUGAACUAUGGUAUGGCAAAUGUUGAGCAGAUCCUUGCGUUCUUAUUGUAUCAUUUUGAUUGGAGGCUACCCAAUGGGAUGAAAAACGAGGACUUAGACUUGACAGAGGAGUUUGGAGGUACUAUGAAAAGAAAAUGUGAUCUAUACUUGAUUCCCACAAUUACUCAUCCUUUGCCUGGAAUUUAGAAAACGUAGUUUCGUCGAGCAUGUACGAGUUAAAAAGUUGUCCCCUGCUAUAUUGAUAUUUGCUAUCAUAAGUUUCUUUGUGCUACUAUAUAUGGACUUCCGUUUGGAUACCGGCUUAUUAGAGCUUAUUGAAGUUUAUCUACUAAAAGAAGCAUUAAAUGAGCUUCAAUAAGUGCUUUUUUGUUUGCAUCCAAACGGGCUCUUUUUGUAUUUUCUUACUUUGUCUCAAACAUUACUUACAAAGGUUCUCAAUUUA